AGCGGCAUGUGAUGUUGUAUGAGCAUAUAUCUGUGUUUCAAACGCUCCUUCAAAGGGUCUGCAUCAGAGUAUGAGAGGCACCACUGCUUAGACGUCAACUUUUGUGGCGGGGGAAGGGGGCAGAAAUAUCUCGAAAGCCACGGAAUCUUUUUCAAGCAUCGCAAUUUUAUUGAAACUUGUCAACAAAGAUAUUGUCAUAUUUUUCAGGAAGAGAUGGAGUAAAUAAAAGGGAUGUAUUGAUGACGAGCGAUACGUUUGCCACAUCAUGUUCCCGGAGAGUAGAUCAAUGCGAUUUCAUCAACAGGAAGCCCAUCUGCUAAUUACAGCCAUACAUAUAAAAGACCUAUGACAAUUGUAGUGGGCAACAAAACAGCUCGUCUCAAGUCAUAUAUAGCAGAAAGCGUUAGCAGGAGAGUUUACCCCAGCACUGUGUUAUAAUCUACUCCAUGCUGAAGUCAAUGACAGAGUGACACGGUGGAGAGGUGUGGUGAUGUUAAUGUGUAAUAUUUAAAGGCAAUAAAGUGUUCAAUCACGACAGGAAAACAAAAGACACAAUGAACAACUGGACACUUUUGGAUGUCAAUGGGACUUUGAUACAAGAGACGUUUAAGUGUAAUUCCACUGGGAAUUCUAGUUACGAAAAUGUCAGCUGUGUUCAGGAUUCUACCCAAACCCGCCAAGAGCCCCUGUUCUGGGGAGAACAACGAAUACUAGUUAUAUUGCUGUUUCUAUUCAUCAUGAUCGGAAACUGCAUAGUGCUAGUGGCGGUAGCAGUCUCUAACCGGAAGACGCGCAUGAAUUUCUUCAUAAAGCAGCUUGCGUUUGCAGAUAUGUUGGUUGGGGUGCUAAGCGUCCUUCCAGACCUCGUACAAAGAUUUACGGUACGCUGGUACGCCGGAGAAGUGAUGUGUAAAAUUGUCCGCUUUGGAAUGGGGACAGUUACGUACGGGUCGACCUUUGUCCUCGUCGCCUUAAGUAUCGACCGCCUGGAUGCCAUAGCCAGACCCCUAGGGUUUAGUGAUAGUUGGCGACGACCCCGGUUAAUGAUAGCCGCGAGCUGGAUUUUGGCAGGUCUCUGUUCCAUUCCGUUUGCUGUUCUGUUUAAAACGGAUGACUGCGUCAUACAUCUAACUCAAGAGCAAUGGCAGAUUUAUCUAACAGUAAGUUCCUGCGUCGUGUUCUUCAUACCUGCUAUCAUUAUCGGUAUUUGUUAUUCCGCUAUGAUAUAUAUCAUAUGGUUACACACUCGAGGAGGGCCAAAAUCUGGAAAUGGCAAGAAGAUACACGAAUCGGGAAAGCCACUGACUUCCAAAUCGGGAUUUCAAAUUGGAAAAAAGCCUGUCUCUUACAAAGACAGUAAAUUUAUCAGAGGACGAGAAACCAAUAUGAGUUCCAGGGGCAUCAUCCCUCAAGCAAAGAUCCGCACCAUUAAAAUGACAUUUAUCAUUAUAUUUGUGUUCAUUUUGUGUUGGAGUCCAUACUUUAUAUUUAACCUGUUGACGGUGUACCACAUUGUUCCUGUCAAUGAGUCAACAAUGGCUCUGCAUUCAUUCUUUCAAAGUCUGUCACCUUUGAAUUCCGCCGCCAAUCCUAUCAUCUAUGGGGUGUUCAGCACGAGAAUCUGUAGGCAGCUUAGAAAACGGAUGUUUUCCUCCAUUUUCUGUUGGAUUUGCAAGGCGAUUCCGAGUAGUAAGAUGUGUUCUUAUGAGAUUAGGGUGUUGUAUGCUCGAUGACGUCGAUCCACGUCGGCGGCUUUACACUGAUCCUCCAACCACAAGCUUUACUCAGUGCACGUACAUUAAUCGAAACAGAAUGACUAAACUUGACACUUUCAACGAUACUGCACCCAGCAGCACAGACGAAAGUAAGGAUCUGUGCGACCUCGUUCUGAGCGCGACACCAUCACAAAUUCCGCUGACGUCACAGACCACAAUUCGCUGAAGAAAUCUUGACAUUGAAAACAUCAGUCUGAUGAUAUCACAAUAAAUUGAUAUCUACUGACGUAAGAUCCGCUUUUCUCUACAGAGAAGAGAUAAUGUAAAAUCUCCAUUAACAGGACGCAGGCUUCUGUUAUACUUUUCAAAAGUACAUGUAACCAAUGUUUUGUGCAAAACCUCUCCACAACUCUAGUUGUAUGUCUUUUUUGUCAGUGAAUUAGUGUGAUAGGUUGGAAUUGCCAUUCUUAAGCGCUGAGCGCAAGAAACAAUGCCCUUAUUGGCAUCAGUCAGUUUUUCAUCAUAUUACAGGUACUUCUGGUUAUCUAGUGCUAACUGCAAUACAAAGUCUAGCAGAGUGUAGUAAACGUAUAAGUUCUUGUAUUCAGUUCAUUCAUCUAUUUAUGAACUUUGUUUUGGAUUUCACAUGCUGGUAAAAAAUAUUAAUACACCUGAUUAUUGUUGCCAAAGUAAAACCAUAUUUCAUGUAAAUGUCAUAAUCCACUUCCUUACUUCUAUUUAGUGUUCAAUGUCCUCUGUAUCUUUUAUUUGCUUAAUUUUGUUAAGGUCAGAAUCGAUGCUUUUCUUGGCAAGUCCUGUAUGGUCAACAUAAAUCCGGAAACAUAGAGCAUAAAAUUCAAGGAUCAUAAAAAUUAUGAAACAGACUUGGACUUGCACAAUAAGAAUUUCAACCAUCUACAUGUACAAGAUGCUCUGCAAUCCUUGGGCCAGUAAGCAAACCAUGUCCUAUAUGCCGGUGUUUUGACUUAUAAAAUUAUAUCAUUUGUCAUUACCAAUAUUUUUCUUCUAGUCCAAGGACACCACACACUGCCCUUGUUAAAUUUCAUUUGUUGAUGUCUAUUUGUUGUAAAUAAACUAUUUAUACAAUGUUCA